CAUUGCAGAGCACGCAGCAUUCCACGAGAACAAGUCCGGGGAGCGCGUCCGUAGUUUCGGAGACUUUUUUUUGUUGGCACGGCGAGCCUUCGAUAUGCUAGCUCAGCAUAGCAUGAAACAACAUCUGAACGGGUUAAGGCUAUGCACUGAGCCUUAUGUCGCGACGAGGCCCUUCGGAGUCAAGUCGGGCUUGACGAUGCCCAUCGCGAGUGGCCCUGCCCGGCGCCCCGCGACAGUCAAUCGCUAUUCGUCAUGCAGCAGCACCUCUGACAGGCAGUCCCGAUGGGCUCCAAGGGCGGCCGGAAGCACUCUGCAAAUCGGCGCGCUCGCAACACCGCCGGGGCCCAGCGCUGCCCCAGCUGCCAGCAGCUCCUUUCCCCGCGGCCCCCUGGUCAACGAGUCAACGCCGCCUCAUCAUGACUGGUGGCAGUGGCUGACGUCCGUGGUGGCGUCUGCGGGGCGCGUCGCGGCGCUGGCGCUGGUGGUGGCCUCGCUGGUUCUGGCAUCGCCCAGCGCCGCCCUCGCCAAGGGCACUGGCGGCCGAGCGGGGGGCCGCAGCUCCGGCGGCCACAGCAGCGGCAGUAGCAGCCGGUCCUUCAGCGGCAGUAGCCGCUCUGGCGGCAGUAGCAGCAGCCGCUCUUACAGCGGCAGUAGCAGCAGCAGCCGGGGCACGCGCUCCGCUGCCAGCUCAGCCGGCGGCGCUGCAGCCUUAGGUGGCGGCGGUGGCGGCGGCUACUCGACCCACAUCACCACGGUGUACGGUGGCGGCGUCACGCCGAUGCCGUACUACCCGGCCCCCAGCCCCAUGUACGAUCCGUACGUCCAGGAUCCACUGCCCACGUCAACCGCCACACGGUCGGCCGCCUACUACGGGUCGACGACCUACAACGAGGAGGAUGAGGACGACAGCAUUGGCUUCAUCAUGGCCGUACUGUUGGGGCUGAACGGCUACUGCGCCAUUAGCGAGAUCCUGCGCGGCCUGUCAGCGGACUCCUCAAGCGGCAGUAGCAGCGGCACCUGGAGCGGCAGUAGCAACGGCCUGGCGGCGCGGGGGGCGCCGGUGGCCGUGUGCCGGGUGCAGGUGGCAGUGCUGGCGUCGGCGAGGGAGGAGCUGCAGGCCGACAUCGCCGAGCUGGUUGAGUCGGUGGACACACGCAGCGCCAGUGGGCUUCACAAGCUGCUGCAGGAGACUGCGCUGCUGCUGCUGCGGCACAGCGAGGCGUUUGCCUACAGCGGCGUGCAGGAGGCGGCGGCGGCGGGCGAGGCGGCGGCGGAGGCGGCCUUCGACCGACUGAGCCUGGCGGAGCGAAGCCGAUUUAAGGAGGAGACGCUGUCGAACGUGCAGGGCCGCAAGCAGCGCUCAUCUGGCGUGGGAAGCAGUAGCAGCAGCAGCGGACCAGGCGUCGCCGUUGAUGACGAAUUGGUAGUGGUGACCAUCCUCCUGGCGGCGCGCCCGCAGCCCUCCUCCUCGGCUUCUUCCGACCACAAACACAGCGCCGACUCCGAGCCAGCCCUUCUGGGGCUCCGGUAUGCCGCGGCGGCAAAGGGUGACAGCGGCAGCAGCGGCGGCAGCGGGCGCUCAGGGUUGAGCAGGCUGUUCGGUGGGUUUGGAGGCAAGCGUGGCGGCGGUCGGUUGGAGGGAGAGGGCGGCGAGGACGUUGAGGAGUCGGGGUGGGUGUCGCACCUGGAUGGCGUGCAGGGUGUGCGGCGCGCGCUGCUGGCUCUGAGCGGCGUGCGGGCGAGUCAGCUGCUUGCGGUGGAGGUGCUGUGGACGCCGGAGCAGGCCGGCGACACGUUCAGUCGGGAGGACCUGCUGGAGGAUUACCCGCACCUGCAGCCGCUGUGAGGUAGGCAGAGCAGAUGUGGGGCGCUGGUGCGGUUAGGUGGAGAGGGGAGGCAAUCAGAGGUUGGGAAGAGGGCUGCAGUUAGGGAGUGGCCAUGCUGAGAUGGGAUUGUAAGAGUAGAAGCGGAGUGUUGAAAGUGGGAAACUCGCAGGAGCAAGUACAGAGGCCCUGCAAAUAAGGGACAAGGGCAGAUCCACAGAAGGACUUGAGUAUUUUGUAUUGAUUGUAUUGAUUGGCGGCGGUGCUUUUGUAGGCGGGCGGUGCCUGUACGAACCGCCCCCAGCUAUGUCCGAGGAAUGAGGUAGACGCUUGUGGCCUCAGACUGGAGACGUGGCUUGGGCUCAACCCACUGCUCCCCGCCCUGCGAGGGGAAACCAUUUUUCCUGUCCAUGAAGUGCGGAAAUGCAGAAGUGCGGAAAUGCGCAAUCAGGCGCAAUACGGUAGCGAGCGAGGGCGGCGACGAUGUUGGCGGGACGGAUGCCGUGAUGAGUCCGUCCUGCGCGUGUCAGUAGUGUGCAGUUGUGUCAUCAGCGGCUUCAGCAAUAACAUACUGCCGCAGCUGUCGUGCGCUGCCGCCCGCAACUGCUGUUCAGCAGGUCACAGCGGCAGUGCGUGCUAGAUGGUGGCUGGAGAGCAAGUGCGUGUCCGCCAACGUACAGCGGCCAACGCGCAGGAGUUGCGGCGCUUCAUCACGUGCGUGUGGGCUUACUUGGUUGGUGGCUUACUUUCACUUCAUCGACGGCCUGGAGCUCGGCAGGCACACGCACCAGCCGCAUUUGCGGCAUUUCAUGUGCACGGAUGUACGUAUGGCGCCGCUGCGUGCGUUGGGCUUAGCAGCAGGUAUCGCAUCACCAGCAGCGAGGGACAGCAGGUAGGGGCAGCGGUGGUGACAGCAGCAACGGCAGGGCACCAUUACGGAAGGGCACCACGGCACAACGCAGCUAGCAGUGGCAACAGCAGGCGCGUCCGAAGGGACGACCAGCGCUCCAGCGCUGGCAGGCCUGAAUCCUCAGUGCACGGGUUGUGCCGGCAACCGGCCAUACGCGCGCGCAAUGCGCAUCCAAUACCUAAACAUGUAUGGGGGUGGCGGUGCAUUGGCGGCAGCGCCGGCGCAAGACGGCAAGGGCUAGGGCGGGCUGCGGCACCUCCUACACCAUUAUCACCACGAGCGGGGACAUCGGCGGUGGCGUUUGACUAUGCACAUGAGCUGCAUUGAUGCAUCCAGCCAAAGGAUGGAUGGUUUAAGGAGCCGUGGAUGCCGUGGCCGGCAAUGUGUACAGUAUGAAAGGCAAUUCAUGUAAUGACCAUACCAU